UGUGCACUAUAGCCAACUUCAAAAGGGAGCGUCUUGAUAACAUUUCGAUGACACUGUUGUCCUUGUGUUCGCAUGUGCAAACGAACGGAUGCGUGUCAUAAAUUUCUUCUUUUCUUUUUUUCAAAAUUCAGUUUCGAAACUUACGUGAUUUGUGAUCAAAAGGAUCACCAAUGAUCGAUCGGGAUUAUGCCGUUCCUACUUCCCGCUGAAAGUGUCACGCCAGGCGUAUCGGCCGAGUGCCAAGUAAACAGAUGAGAAUGCUUCUGAUCUUCUGACGUGAGUCAGUCUAGUAUCAUGGAAGACUUGAAGUAUAAAUUCUUUGGCCUCAUUAACAAACAGAACACAACUAAAGUACCACUUAUGGGCCUGAAUCCUGAUCUACUUAAUCCACCUGAUUCACAAAAAUGUGAAGAUCUACUUUCUGAGGCUGAUCAGUCAACAGAAAGUGAGCCUAUACCUGAUCAAGAUAUAGAAUCUAUCGAAGACAUUUAUUUUAAUAUGGAUGGUAGUUUUGAUCCACCUCGUUAUGAAUUAGAAAAAUUACCAAUGAUAUUGCACUCCAAGGAAAUUGAAAAGUGUUAUAAAAAACUCAAACAACAACAUCAAGUUGUAUCUAAGAAAGUAUUACAGCUUAUCAUGCAAAAGCAGUCUGAUUGUAACACAGAAUUUAAGAAAAUUUUGCUGCUGCAAGAACAACUGCAAGAUGUAUUAGAGAUAUGUAAAAUGGGGAGGGCAGACUUAAAAUUAGCUAAGGAACAAUUCACGACAGCAAGCUUAGGUAUAUUAGCUAAUUAUCGGAAACGACAAACGGUUGAAGAUCUGUUAAAUAAUUUAAAUACUAUAAAAACACUGCAACGUACGGGGGAUCGUCUGCAGGAGCUUCUAAAUGAGGGAAAUUAUCCUGGAGCCAUAUCACUUCUCCUAGAAUGUCAAAGUGCUGCUCAGACUUACAAACAUUUUCACUGCAUUGCUAAACUAAACGAAAAAUUACAAGAUAUUCUGGUGCAAGUAGAAGAAGCUUUAGAUACUACACUUUCUAAAAUGUGUACACAAUUCGACGUAGCAGUAUAUUCCUCCAUCCAGGAAGCAUACACUCUAUUGGGCAAGACUCAAUCUGCCAUGGAUCAACUGCAUCUACAUUUUAGCGCUGCCAUUCACAAUACCGCAUUGACCGCUAUACAUGGUUACGCAGGAGGUGACAUGAAAAGACAAUACAAGCAACUGUGUCAAGCUGUACCUCGGGAGAAAUGCAUAGCCUGCCUCACGGAACUGUGUAAAUCAUUAUGGACGAUAUUGAGCUCGUAUUAUCUAGUUGUAAAUUGGCAUAAUGCACAAGAAGAUAAAGCAGAGUGUAAAUCCGACGUUAAAGAUUUAGAGGCAACUUUUAGCAAGCAAUAUGUCAAGCAUAAGCUAGAAAAUAGUAUGGUCCGAGUAUGGCACGAUGUGGAAACAAAGAUAUCGACAUAUCUGACAAACACUGAUUUAACAUACACUAAAUUUGAGCAAUUUGUUCAAGUAUUAGGUAUAAUUAAUAGAUUGAUGGAAAUUGGAGAAGAGCUUUGUGGCUACAAAUCAGAAAACUUGCAGGAGUCCAUUAAGGAGCAAUCCUCAUCUUACUUUUCUCAUUACCACGCGUCACGUUUGGACGAAUUGAGAAUGUAUCUAGAGAAUGACGGUUGGAAUUUGUGUCCCGUGAAAUCAAAUUUUGUGGCUACUCAAUUAUUAGAGUUUCGAAGUUUGAAACCUUCUCUUAAUAACUGCAAAGUGUGGAACAGUCUUGACAGUUCAAAUUUAAGCGAUAGUGACAAUUCUACAGGCAUUGAUUGGCUGCAGAAAUAUUUGGAGGAUGGCUCGUCACCGUUUAUGCUAGGAUUGGACGAUACCAUGGAUGAAGAUAUCAUGAUAAAAGAUGAUCUGGUUAAUCAACCAGCAUAUUUUUCGGAUGAGUCUGACGACGACAUUCCUGAUGAACUAAAACACGAAUACGUCGAUGAGCCAGACCAUACAAAAGCUAGCAAAAAGAAAUGCAAACUCAAACAGUCCGGGCCUAUGGUCACGAACACGACAUUAAGCAUAUUGAGAGUGUGCGGCAAGUAUUUACAGAUGUCGAGGCUUUUACGAUCGAUCGCGGUCACCGUCAUAGAGAGCAUGAUACAAUUUUUUGAAUUAUGCUUCUACACAGUACACUUAUUCUUUACGUCAGAUCUCCAAAUCAAUAGCGAUUCGCUGUACAGUCCAAAAUUAAAACUAUCCUUAACGCGAAUCAGAGAAAAUCUGAUUAUCUCUGAGAAUGAUACAAUAGAAGAUAAUGGUAAUGCGAAGUACAACAAAGUAAGACAACCACAGCUUUCAUCAAUUGUGAAUUUGUCGCAGCCUGAGAAACUUUACGGAUUAACGGAACGUAUUGUAGCUGUCGAGUCUCUGAUAUUUUUAGGACAACAAUACGAAGGCCUGAGGCCUUACUUAGAGCAUCUUAUUGCCAAUAGUCCUCAAAGAGGAUUUUUGCAUCAGUUUUAUAUGCAAACGAUAGCGUCUACGAUAGAUCUGAGAAAACCCGUUUAUAUGGCAGUAAUAUCGCAAACGUUUGAUGUUGCAAAUAUCUUAAAUUUAAUGAACAGAGUCAAUUGGGAAGUGACAGACGUCAUGUCACAGCACAGUAAUUAUAUCGAUGCAUUAAUCCAGGAAGUAUGUACUUUGGACGAAAGACUUAACGCUAUCGGAACGUGCACUCCCUUACACGUGGAUGUAUGUAACGCGGUAUGGGAAAACGUAGCUCACUUAAUCACACACACUUUAGUGGAAGGAUUUUCCAAUGCGAAGAAAUGUUCGAACGGCGGUAGAGCACUGAUGCAAUUGGAUUUUACACAACUAAAAUCCAAGUUUGAGAAAGUGACGUCGUUGAGACCUAUGCCGCACAGAGAAUACGUUGAACUGUAUAUUAAAGCUUAUUAUCUCCCUGAGAAUAGCUUCGAAGAAUGGAUCAAGGAGCACAAGGAAUAUUCAGUUAAACAUUUGGUCGGUUUAAUAUCGGCGGCCUGUCAAAACAAUAAGAAAACCCGGCAGCGAUUGAUAGCCCUCGUGGAAGAACAACGACCCAGCAGAUAGCAUCCAACUAUAUACUAUAAACCUCUACAGGAAUAUAUCGAAAUAGGAAGUAUCUGAAGAACGAAUGAUACAGAUAUACAACUGAUUAAAUGGAAGAUAUAAUGAUCGUGCUGUUAAUUGUACAGUAGAAUGAUUUUUUAAGUGUGUUAUAAAUCUGAUCAGAUAUUCGUGUUUAAAUAUUUUAUCAAAGAUCUUUAAAUUUUGUGAUCGUGACAAGUCACACUUCGAUAUAUUUGUGAGAAAUAUUCUGUAUAUGAAUCUCAGUUCUAAAAACGCUUUUACUAUGUACUAACUGUUAGUAACUUUAACUCUAAUGUACAUAUUACGGGUGUUUUAACACGUAAGUAUAGUCUUUUAGAUUAGUACAGUUAAGCUACAUAUACGAAUUGACACUAGGAUGUGUAAAAGCUUUAGCUUAUUUUUAAUACGCCAGAUAUCUCUUGAACGAAAAAUGAACGGUUACGGGAGUCUCGUAUGUGAAUCUGUAAGUUUGUAAGUAUUAACUUAAAAAAAAAAAAGAAAAAAAAGAUAUAAAAAUCGACGUUACAAUUGGUAUUACAUUUUACACAGUAAAAAAUAUAGGAAAAUAUAUAUAUAUAUAUGUGUGUGUAUAUGUAUAUAUGUAAUCUGGAACAUACGGUAAACAUAUGAUUUUAGAAGGGAUUUAGAUAGCUUUAUUUUCAAGUUUUUUUUUUUAAUAUGUGAUAAAAUCAAUUCUUAUGCUUGCUUAAAUAUAUACAUAACAUUCGUAUCUUUUUACUUUAGCUAUUUAUAUAAGAGUACCUCGAUUUUCUUUAUCUAGAUUUAAUUUUCGUGAAGAGGCAGAGCAUGUUUUAAGUAUGUGACAUUCAAUGUGCAUUUUUCUCGCUUUUGUAUUGAAUAUCUUAUAAAUAUUAAUUUGAUGAUAAAUAUUAAUUCGAUAAUAAAAAUCUCGAAAAUAUAGCGAAAAACGUGGAAAAUAAUGACGGUUGUCUCGUAUAUGAUUAAUUGAAAUGCAGAUUAUUGGAAGAAUAAAACCAUGACUUUUCUUACAGAA